AUGGCUCAGAAAGUGGUGUUGAAGGUUUUAACCAUGACGGAUGAUAAGACGAAGCAGAAAGCCAUAGAAGCUGCAGCUGAUAUCUUCGGAGUUGAUUCGAUAGCAGCGGAUAUGAAGGAGCAAAAAUUAACGGUGAUCGGUCUGAUGGAUGCGGUUGCGGUGGUCAAGAAAUUGAAAAAGGUCGGUAAAGUCGACUUGAUAUCGGUCGGGCCAGCAAAAGAGGAGAAGAAAGAAGAGAAGAAGGAAGAGAAGAAAGAGGAAAAGAAAGAAGAGAAGAAGGAAGAGAAGAAGGAAGAAGAACCUAAGAAAUAA